UCUCAUCUGGGUCAAGCUCAAACAGGUUAUUCAAUCUCUGGAACCAAUCCAACAACAUGUUUAAACAAAUAUUUUCCAUUGCUGAUGCUGCGCUGAAUAAAGUAUCAUGGCCGGUAGCUUUUGCCAUUAGAAAAGCUGCUGAGGGAAAUCCCGAUAUCCAACAAGUCUUUGCUCAAGCAGCUAAGAAACAUAACAAAGAGGAGAAGGAAUUCAUAGAUAAGUCUGCUAAGGUUCUUGUUGUCUCUACGAUCGGACUGGUCUAUUAUAAUUCGGGAAAAAGUCGAGAAGAAUUGUUGUUGGAACGAGUGGAGAAGCUAGAACAGCGGAAGAAUGCGGAAGAAUGAGAAUGGGCGACGACAACAAAUGCCAACUUGCAUCAAAUGUUGCCCCCACAAUUUGUACGCAAGAACGAAAAGUAACAGAGUGAUUGAAGGCUUGAAGAGACUGGAUGCAACAGUAAAUAUAAUAAUGUAGUUACUAACUUCAAUAAUGGCUUCUAUGAUGGUGGAUGGUGAUGGAGGAAUGUAGUUGAGAGACAAUCUGGCAGAAAGUGCCAUAAAUUUAUAGUAGUGUGGUGCCUGUUGAGCACCAGUCAGUUUUGCAUUUGGUCUCUUUUUUCUGAUUGUGUGCUUGUCAGAAACCUUGCAUUUGUUUAUUAACAAACUUUUUAACUUUGCAAAAUGAAUCUACAAUUUCAUAUUUGUA